AUGACAUUUGUGUUCAGUACGAUACUCUAUAUACCUAUAUUAUUUUUAUAUACAGUAUUAAUUUAAUAAAUGUAAAAUAGCUACCAAUUAGUUGUACAAAUGAAUAUAUGGAUAGUUUUCCAAACUAAAGAUGUUGGUAAGGAUUAUUAGUUAUAGAUUAAAUAAUCUCAAUAAUUGGUUUAAUAAUUUUAUUUUUCAUGUGUUCAUCAAUUAAUCUUGUAUUGUUUGAUGCUACUUUUGAUUAAGAAAAAGCACUUUCAAAAAGAAAUGGACGAUGUUCAACUUUAACUUCUAUUCAUUUUGGAAUAGUAGUAUUAUUAUCUAUGUUACCACAUAAUGAGAAUUCAUAGGUAUUUUUUGAAGUUUAUUAAUUAAUUGGAUCAGUGAUUUGUUUUUUGUAUGCUAAGAAAAAUGAUGCUUAUAAUAAUAGAAUAAUGUAGAAGUUAUUUUUAACUUUUCUUACAUUAGAAAUGUGGGCAUCCCUUAUGUUAUGUAUUUCUAAUUUAGUUGAAAAAAGAAUAAUGGUUGGAUCUUUAUAUACAUGGUUAUUUUGUUUGCCUUUUGUAUUCAUGAUAUAAUUAUUACAAUAAUAGAAAAGAGAAUAAUGUUUAAUGAUUUAUGUAAAUAAAUUUGAUAGUCCUGUUUAAUUAGUAAAUCAUGUACAUGAAGUUAUAAAAUUAGUAGAAUAUGAUAAAAAGAGAUUACCUUAAGGUUAAUUAUUAAAUGGUUACAUUGAAUUUCACAAUUAGACUUGUCCAAAUCCAUUAUGUCCUUUAAAAAAAGUGAAAUUCUCAUUAAAUAUGUUUAAAGCUAAAAAUGAAUUGGUUAGUAAAACAGAUAAGAGACAUCAAUUAAUAUACGAUACAAUGACAAGAUUAUUCAUAAUGGGUAUUGGAAAAUUUCCAACUGAUGUUUUUAUUCGAAUAGAAUAUGCUUUAUUUACUUUAAGAAUUUUAAAAUCUAAACCUUAAGCUUUAGAAGAAUUAAGUAAUAUAGAGAAAUUGAAGUCUUCUUUUGAUGAAAAAUAUAUAGUCUUUUAUAUAAAGAGUGUAAUUGAGGCAGAGAUAUCUGAAUUAAGUGGAGAAGGUUAAGAUUUUACAGAGUAAAGAGAUUUUGAUGAAAAAUUUGGAUCUUUUAAAUAGGCAAUGGAAAGAAGUGUAAGUUUAUUAAUGGAGUUUUGGUCUCAAUUUGCUGAUGAGAAACCAGAUCUAGUCAAAUUAUAUGAAAUAGGAUCAAAGUUAUUUCCAAUUAGAAUGUAUGUUGAUACAACUUGGAAGAGACUUUAAAGAAUAUAAAACCAAUAAUUACCUUAAGCUUUAAGAUUAUAUUCAAAAUAUUUAAUUGAAAUUUUUAAUGAUAGAAUAUCAGGAUUUGAUUUGCUUGAAUAGGCUAGAAAAUUAGAAAGUUCAUUUGCUUAAAGAAAAGCUUUUAAAUUAGGUAUGACAUCAAAUUUGAAUGUUGAUGGAUAAGAGGAUGGUUGUGUAUUUAUUUCAUUAGAAGAAGAGAAAUUUGGAUAGAUUUAUGCUAUUAAUAUGGCUGCAGCAUCUUUAUUGGGUUUUGAUAAAAAUGAACUUAUGAAUAAGAAAGUAAAUAAUAUUAUGCCAUCAUUAUAUGCAAGACAUCAUGAUGAUUUUUUAAGAAGAUUUUUAGAUACAAAUGAGGCUACAUUAUUAAAUAAAGAAAGAUUGUUAUUAGGAAAACAUAAGAAUGGAUAUUUAUUAGGAAUAAAUGUAUUAUUACGUCCAGUUUAUCAUGUUUUAAAAGAAGGAGUUGAAUUUGUAGGAACAUUUAAAAAAGAAAAAAGAAUCAAAGAUGUUGCUUAUUUGGUUUGUAAUAAAGAAUAUGUAAUUGAAGAUGUUUCAGGAGGAUGCAUAAACUUAUUAGGUUUGGAUGUAAAAUCAUUAUAGAUUUAAGAAAUUCAUUUAUUUGAUUUAUUUCCUGAUAUAAAAGAAUCAUAUAGUGAUUUUAAGAUGAAGUAAGGAAAAUCUAUAGAUUUCAUAUUUCCAAGAAUUUUAGAUGAUCAUAUAGCCUUUGGAGCAUCUGAUGUAACAAUUAGAUUAAGUGUAUCAAUUUAGGAUAUAAAUUUUCUUAUAAUGAAAACUUCUGAAAAUGAAUAAGGUUUAGCUGGAUAUUAAGUUAGAGUUGAAAAAUAAAUAGAUUUAUCUAAUUCAAAUAUAAAAUAAUUAUAAAAGAAAGCAUCCAAAAAUUAAAAUUUUUCAUUUAGAUUAUAAUUUUAAUAAACUGGUAUGCAUUUUUAUGGAGAAUAUACUGAUGCUAAUUAUAGUGAAAUGAUAACUCAUAUACAAGAUUAGAGUAUGUUUACUAAUCAAGAGUAUGAUUUAAAAAGUAAAGAAAUUGAAAAAAAUGAAGAUGUUAUAGAUUAUUCUUAAGGUAUUAGGGUUAUGAGAUUGUUUGAAGGAGUAAUUUAUGAUAUUGAAAAAUUUUAAUCAGAUGCUGAUAUGGAAAGUUAUGAAGAAAUUUAAAUUAAGAAAGAUGAAUAAUAAAAUCUAGAAAAUGAUGAACCAAAUGAAUCUGGAUAUUUUAGAUCCUCUAAAGAAUUAUAAGAGACUUUAAAUGCUUAAAGUGAAAGUAGAACAAUUAGAUGGUUAUACUAUAUAUCAUUUUUAUUAACAAUAUUAUUGAUUAUAUUAUGCAUUCUCAAUAAUGUAUUUGAGAGAUAAGAAAUUAAUAAUUAAAAUACUGGUUGGAAUAUGAUUAUUAAGUAAUCUGAUAUGAUUACUUAUUUAAAUUAAAUUGUUUUGUAUUCAAGAGAAUUAAUGUUUCUAAGCUUGGGAUUAUCAUAUUAUUAAUAGGAUUAACUCUUAUCUAAUUUGAACAAUAGUAUUUAAUAGUUUGAUUAGUUAAGUAAGGAUAUUUUCAUGAAGAUUUCCUUCAAUUCUGAUGUUAAGAUGAGUACUUAAUCAGGACAGGAAAUUAGUACUUUAGAAUAAGCAAGUUAAUAAAUUGUAAGUAAAUCUCUUAAUAUUCAAUAAAUUUAAUCUUAAUUGAAUGAGAAUUAAAUCGAUUAUUAUUAUGUGAUAUUCAAUUCCUUAAAUGAUUUCAUCCGUGCUCUCCUUGAUAUGUAUAUGAAUACCAUCGAUCUAUCCUACGAUUAAACUAAUAAAUUAUAUAGUGAUAUUUUAAUAAUCCUCAUUUUAUCAGCUUGUUUAACUUUCAUAUCUUCAAUAAUUCUUACCUGUAUAUUAACUAGCACUUUAGAUAAAAGAUAAGAAAUAUUAAGUAUAUUUCUUGAUAUUCCAGAGAGAACAGCUAAAUCAUUCUACACUAAAUGUGAAAAUUUUUUAUCGUAAAUAUCCUCUAAUGAAGAUGAUGAAGUAUUAAGUGAAAUUGACAUAAUUGACGACAAAGGAAAUGAUGAACCAGUAUCACUUCUAGGGAGAAAGAGAAAGAGAUUUAAAAAUAAUGAAAACAAGCAUAUGGGAUUCUUUGUUAAGAUGAUAUUUUUAGCAUCUAUAUUGGAGUCAUAUUUUAUUAUGAUUUACUUUUUAGACUAAAAUAAUGUUGAUUAGAAAAUCAAUAUUUUAAAUGAAUUUAAUCAAACUUCAUUAAGUUCCAGUUAUUAUUCUAUUCUUGUUAAUUCCCUUAAAUAAUAUAUUUACAAUGACAAAUUCAAUUUAAUGAAUUAAGAUAGUAAUAUUACUAUGGUUUAAUUGAUAAACAAAGUUUAUGAAAUUGAUACUCUAUAUUAAAAAUUACAUGCUAUUAAUGUAGAAUAUAAUGAUAUAUCAUACAUUGAUUUUUAUAAUUCAAUUAUGUUUGAUAAUCUUUGCGUCAUUAUCAAAUUUUAAGAAAUUACAUGUGAAACAUUUGCUAAUGGAAUUUUAGAUCAUGGAUUAAUGACAGCAGUAUCCAGACAUUUUUAAAAUAUAAGAAAAUUAUAUAAUACUUAUUAGAAUCUAUAUUUUAAUGACUCUUAAGAAUUUCCUUGGUCUAAUUAUACCCUUUUGUAACUAUCUGAUGAUAAGAAGAGAAAUAAACUUCUUAAUUUACUCAAUACACCAGAAAGUUAUGAGAUAAGUAAAUUUUAUUAUUUAUAUUCUAGAUGAUAUGUAAUUUAAUGUUCUUAAAGAUUCAUAUUCACUUUUAAAGAAUGAAUAUUUUAAUAUUAUCACAACUGAUUAAGAGAAUUAUGUAGUUUAGUAGUUAAUACUUAUGAUAUUCUUCUUAUUAACUUUGAUUAUAGCGUUAUUGUUUUGUUGGAAUCCAUUCUUAAGAAAACUAAAUAGAGAAGUAUUUUCAAAUAUAUUUAUUAGAUUUGGUCCACUAAAUGUUUAUUAACCUUCAUCCCAAUAGAUGAAAUAGCCAAAAUUAGAACAAUUAAUAAUUAUAUUAGAACUGUUAUAUUGGAAUAAAACAUUUGA